UGAGGGUGAGGCCGGUACAGAGCCGCCAAUGUCAGACAGACAACAGGCUAAGUACACCCAACAGGCGCGGCAGCUGAAGGCAGGCUGGCAGCAGCACCAGACUGUCCUGGCACAGGCCAGCGAGGUGCUGGUCCAGUGUCUCAAACUCUCCCUGCAGAACAGAUACACUGACAUAGCAGGGGCAGCAGCACUGGAGCUACUGGAAUGCCUGGGACAGUAUGACCCUGCAUCUGCCUCACAGUACCUCGCACUCUUCCAGAGCUGCCACAUGUCCCAGGCGAUGUCCGCCGUGCUGCAGAAGGCCCAGCUGGACCCCAGCAUGUCCCGGCAGGCUGCCCUCAUGCACCAGCGAGCGUACCUCCUGUCCCGGGAUGUCUCCACUAACCUGGCACAGGGCACCGUCAUGAAGAACAUCCUCAGCACGCUCGGCUCCAAGUCACAGGCCUGGAAGAGACUGAGUGUAGACCUGGCCCAUCUGGACCUGCUGAAGGAACUGCCACCAAAUUUCACCAUCUUUGUGCUGCAGCAUUCUCCUGACAAGCGCUUCCUGUAUGGGUCAGUGCUGGACAAGCCUCCUCAGGGCAAGGCUGGAACUGCUGGGGACAAGAAAGGAGCAAAACAAUCACAGGUUUCAGUGCUGUCGCGAGCGAAGGUUGCUCGCCAGGCAGUGCACCCGGAGACGGUGGAUGAGCUGCUGUUGCGCUGGCGAGAGUUCCGCAGUGACGUGAUGCAGCUGCUGCUGCGGCAGGAGGGACAGCGCACGCAGUACGUCCAGAGGAUGAAGAUGCUGCAGAACAUCGACUCAGACAUGAGGGUCGUUGGAAAGGGUUCUGGAGAUGACAGUUUGGAGGAGUGGAAGCUUCAGGAGCGGUUCUUGGAGCUGGUGGGACAGAUGGAGGACUACCUCAAACCCAUCAUCUCACAGUUUGAUGCUAUCUUCAGACCCUCCACCACCGCCACUGUGGCCUCUGGCUCCAGCAGUCAGACCCAGGAUGACUACAUCCUGCUCCUGGCAGACCAGUGGCUGAUGCAGCUCCCCCUGGAGGCCCUGAACAUACUGCAGAACACUGGCAUCAGCUCCCUGUCCCGAGACUUCUCCCUGCAGAUGUUGUACCACAGGAUUCACAGGGAAGCAGAAGAUGAGGAUGCACGUAAGGACCCAGGAAAGGCUCCCAAGUCUCCACCCAAGAGCCAGAAGGGGGACAAGAAGCCUCCCAAGACUGCUCCCAUUGACAGGUUUAUUCCGCCAGGCUGCCUGCCACUGGACACCUCCAUGGUCAAAUAUGUUGUGGAUCCCUAUGAAGAAUGCUCUGAAACAGAGGAGCAUCGGCCCAUCCAGAUCUUCUCUGACAUGACGAAGACCUACCCACAGCUGACUGGGCGCUGGGAGGGCAUCAUGGGAGAUGACCAUAUUCCCAGCCUUGGUGAGUGGGAGAACCUAAUGACAGAAGGAUCAGGGUUUGUGUUCUACGGCAUGGAGAGGCUGGCCUGUUAUCCUUCAUCCAUCAAACUGGCUACCAUGAACCUGCAAGGCUGCAUGCUUAUGAUGCUGCUGGACCACACUCAGACCAACAAGAGCUUCCGAAGACAGUCUAAAGCUGAUGUACACAAGAAUGCCACUCUACUGUCCCUGGAGAAGCACCUGGAGACGGCCAUGCUGCUGAGUCUGUCGGGGGUGGGCUGUGUCCUCACCAACCAGUGGCACUGCACGCUGGAGGAGAACGCACACAAACUCAACAAGGUCAUGAAAGACCUGUUGGGAAUAGGAAAGUCCAGUGGACAGGCUGUGAGAAGUCUGUUCAUCCCACAUCUCAUCAAGGAGGAGAGGGAGGGAGAGGGGGAGGGGGCAGACGAAAACAAGGCAUUAGAUGCAGCUGUGGGUAAGUCAGCAGGAGAACCGGGGACUGCCUCGGAUGUCCCUCCCACCAGGGAAACUCUGCCACCCGGUACAGCUGAUACAGGUCAGGAGGAGCUCCCCACCACCAGCCGACAGUGGUUCAGCAUGGUGGUCUACGGUCUCCCCAACCUCAUCCUCACCUAGCUGUGGCCGGCGUCAUCAACAUUACGACAUAGGAAAGAUGAAAUAUUCUUAAGGCAUUCUUUGUUAAUGGCAUGGUCACUUCACCCCAAGUAACAUGUAGAUGGGAUGGGUUUUUUUCUUCAAAAUGUUGAGAUUUCUUUAUGGGUAUAUCAAUUAAUUGUUUGAGUCUCUAGACAUGAGCAACUUGUAUGUCAGUGUUGGUGUAAGAAAACAGUUUACUUUAAUACAGAAACUAUUGUCAUAGAAAUAGCACUUAACAUAUACAAUGUUUAUCAUUCCAUUGGUAUAUACUACAUGUAGUAGCAUUGACAAGUUUUGUCGGUUUGUGUGUAUUUGAUAGCUUGUCAUGGGAGGACUGAUUCACCUGAAUUCUGACAUUUUCACGUUUGAAUAAAAUUUUAGAGUAUUGUGUAUAAUCAAUACAACAAUAAA